GAGAAGGGGCGGGUCACUUUUUAGACCCGGGAACGUGGCUAUUGGCGGAGCGUGGAGAGGCGGGGUGUAGUGCGCAAGUCAAGCGACAAAACGCAGGGCGCGCAGGCGGGGUUCGUCGGGCGGAGAGAUGGCCGACGAGAUCAGUAAAGCGCAGGUGGCCCGGCCCGGCGGAGAUACCAUAUUCGGGAAAAUCAUCCGCAAAGAGAUCCCGGCCAAGAUAAUCUUCGAGGAUGAUCGGUGCCUUGCGUUCCAUGAUGUUUCUCCACAAGCUCCAACCCAUUUCCUAGUGAUUCCCAAAAAGCCUGUUGCUCAGAUAUCUCAAGUGGAAGAUUCUGAUGAAGCUCUACUUGGUCAUUUAAUGAUUGUGGGUAAGAAAUGUGCUGCUGAAUUGGGCCUGACCAAAGGAUACCGAGUGGUGGUGAAUGAAGGGCCAGACGGUGGUCAGUCUGUCUACCAUUUACACCUGCAUGUCCUUGGUGGUCGUCAGAUGGGUUGGCCUCCUGGUUAAGAUUUAAUUGGAUAAGAUAGUUGUGCUCAGUCCAUAUCUUAAAUAUAGUCAACAAAUGUUUGAAAUAUUCAACUACUAUCAUUAAGUUCCUCUGCUUAAUUUGUCUUGUGGAACAUGCAACUUGUGCAGGUGUUAUUCAAUAAAGACACAAGUAUGUUGGA